CCUUCCGGUUUGAAGUGGCCUAAUCACUCUAGAUGUGAUAACGUCAGUGUGAGGUUAGGCUGGGAGAUCAGGACUCUAUAUGGAUGAGUUACAACGGUUGGGUUUGAACAUAGUGAAUAUUUUAUCCCAUAUGUUCUUUCCUUAAGUGACCCCACAAGUUAAAGCAAUUUCAUGCUUUGAUACUUGCUGUAAAUUAAGAUGAACAUGUGAAUCUAAUCAAUAUAAUCUAGAUGGUUAUCAAAUGAUAUGAAGCUAAAUCAGAUUUGAAACAUCUUGGGUAGAAAACACUGAUAAAGUUGCAGCAUGAGGGGCAGCUAAGAGGAUGAAAGCUCCACCCUGUAACUAUGUGACUGCCAAGUGGCUGUACCUUUCUCCAUCCUAUAUUAUCUGUCGUUGAGUCAACAAAGAGUACACCAGAUAAGGCCAGCGGGUGAGACGAGUCGUACAAAGCAUCCAUUGAUUUCUAGAAGUGUUAAGCCCAAUGGAUGUCCGACACCGAGAGCUUUUUCUGUUCUGGACAACAGAAUGCUGGAGGAAGUAGUCAACACACCAUAAAACACACCUCAGUCAGAGCAUCUGUGCCUCCGACACUCAAAAGACAAAAUGACGUCAACAAUGCUCAUUUCCAACCUCACACAGGAAUGGGUGGAGAGUCUGCGAAGUUGGCACCUGGAAUUCUUUUUCAUCCCCACCACAGUCGUCACUCUGGCCACCUUGCUAGCCAACCCUGUUCUCCUGACAUGCAUUUUCUUGUCCCGUGCCUUGCGUCAGGAGACGCGUUACCUGCUGGUGGCCAACACCCUGACGGCAGACAUGCUCUUCCUCGUCCUCAACCUGGCCACAAUGAUCUGUAAUGCUGCGAGAGUUCAAAUCCCCUGGCUGGUUUGUGAGCUGGUCACAGCCAUGACUGUCACCGCCUACUGCUGUGCCAUCCUCACAGUCACCCUCAUGGUGGUUGACACCUACGCUGCGGUCCGGUGGCCUCUCCAUUACCAUGACAUUCUUCCACCUGCCCGUACCCACCGCAUACUGGUGGGGUUGUGGGUGCUGGCAGCCAUUUACCCUUUCACUCUGGUGAUCAUGAUGGAGAUAGAGAGGGGGAAUCCCCAUGAGAAGGUGGCUGUGUGUCUGGUCCUCAUCUCACUCGGCUUCAUUCAGGUCAAAAACAUGGUGGGGAUCCACAUCUACUUUUUUGUAGCUGCACUCAUCUGUGCUUUGCUCAUUUUUGUCUGCUACAUUCGGCUGUACAUGGUAACAAGGACCCAUGGCAUCUGGCAGAGCCGCUUCUCCAGGGCCCGGGUCACUCUGCUGGCUCACGGAGUUCUACUCCUGCUCUACUUUACGCCAGGCUUUGUUUUCAGCCUGGAGCUCUUCCUGUUCCAGAAGCAAGAUGUAAGUCAGGAUGUUCGUGUGUGGAUCAACACAGUCAAUCUGUGUGUAUUCAUGUUGCUCCCCAGGGCGUUUGCUCCAUACCUGUAUGGGCUGAGGUACAGGGAAAUCUCUGAGACUCUAAUGCAGCUGCUGCACCAGCAAAGGAGACUCAGCCAGAUCACAGUUUCAUGAAGACAUUUACGAACGGUCCAUUAUUCAAAUUUCUCCAAUGGAAUUACUUGUGAUGUACAUAUUUUCUCAGUAUCCCUCCAACAAACAAAGACGUGUCUGCAAGGGCGGUAGCCAGGAUGAGUCCAAAUUCCCCCCAGUCCAUUUUUUAUUUUACUUUGACUAGCCAUCAAAAAGAGUAUUGUUUUCUAUGUUCAUUUCAAAACAUUCACAACACUUCCAAAGAAUGUAAUUAUGGUAGAGAAACACUUUUUAGGCCAACAACAGUCAAAUUUAAAACCCCAAGUGUAAUUUGUGUCUAGAUUUAGAACAUAAAUUCCUCCUCAGCUUGUUUAAAACCCUCAAACUCCCAGGAAUAAUACUGAGGACAUAUCAGUGUUUCCAAUGGUAGCUACAGCUGCUGCAUGUUUUCCAUUGCUUCACCGCAGACACUUCCUCUUCAUUAUUCUUGUAAUGUCUUCUAAAUAAUUUGUAU